UAACAAACCGUAGAAGAAGGCUAACCCGGAAAUUUUACGAAAGCGGGCAUUUUGAAACCGUAAACUCUCCUUUCUCGUAUUUUGAACCUUUCAACCUUGCAUUAUGUUGAAAAAACCACCGAAAUUCAAGCCCAGUGUCAAAUCAAAGAUGGAGUUUAACAAUACUGUCAGACCGUCGUCUGAAGCAAUGAUGGAGCUCCUCACUCUACUUUUCCUCAACAAUUUGGCCCAAGAAGGAAAAGCCAAAGCGUUUGAGCAGAAGUCCGGAACAAUUCGGGCCCACCACGUCAAAGCAGUCGUCAAGAGUGUUCUGAAAAAUGCAAGAGGAUGAAGACCAUUUAUGAUCUGAUGGUCAUUGUUUCGGUCCCCGUGAAACCCCGUGUGGUGUUUUGAGUUGCUCAAUUAAAAGUAGCUGUUUUGUUGUUUUCUCAACUCUGUGUAACGGUUUUCUUAACCACAACUUUUCAUAUUCCUCAAUGGCUUGACGCAACUCAAUGCGGACAUGCUGAAAUGUUUUAACACAAAUGAAGCCCUUUCAAGAAGUUUAUCAGGAUUUGAUGGCGGUGAGUUGACAUUUUAUGAAUAACUUGCUCGCAUGCUAGCAACAUAAUUUAAGUGAGAGCUGUGAAUUAGCCCAACCUCAGCUAGUUGACAAUGUGAUGUCAUUUAACAUACUGAAGAAAUGCGGUCGAAAUACAAAAAGUCCUGCCUAGCUACAAAAACAGAUAUGCUCAAACCUCAUUGAAUAUUCACAUAUUAGAUCAAUUCACCAAAUCAAUAAAGAAGACAUAACUAGACAUUUUUGAUAGGUGGUAAUGACAAAGGUUUUUUAUAACUUUCUGAUCUGAUAUUUAUUUCUGUGCACUUUGAAUAAACAAAUGUUUUUUGAUA